UCAGCGCCGUCAUGGCCGCCACGAACGGCCUGAUGCCCAUGGUCGCCUACGCCGCCUAUUCCCCCAUUUACUACACGACAGUCGACACCUUGCCAGCCGCCCAGUUCUUCUUCGGGGCCUCCCUCAACGUGCUUAUUAUAAUCAUAUUUAUAAUCGUUCAACUAAGGAACACACCGUCGGGAAAAAGUAUAGAAGUCGGCCAGAGCAGCGACCGGAGUCUUUUCAAGGUAUUCAAGAACAGGUCUGCAAUCACUCUGAAAUCUAUGGAAAUAACACUGACUCAAUCAAAACGUCAAUUCGAGACGUCUUUAAGCAAGGAUAAUCAAAAUCGAACUGAUAAGCUUCAUGGAGUCGAGGAGCUUCCUUCCAACGUUAAGAUCACAUCCAGACUCCCUGUGGAGCGAACAUAUAUUCCGGUGGCCGCUGGCGAUGGUGGGGAGAGAAGGAAAGAUGAUGCAGACAAGAAUUAUAAGAGUAUUUUCUCAGUUCACGAGGCUGACGGCAGAUCGGUGACGAAAUCCGUCGCCAGUAAGAGUAUUCCACCGGAGGCGAGUAGGGAUGGAAACCAUGAAAAGGAGUCAUGCAGCGAGAGUGCGUGCGAGGAAAGGCCACCCUGUUUCAGAACGAAGGAUUGGCGCGCAGGUUGUUAUAACAACGAAAUGAGUGAUGCAGAAAUUACCGCCUCGGAGUCAUUAGCGAAUCCGGGGACAAAGGGAAAAGAAAAAUGAUGCUUUAAAACAUAACCUAAGCAGUUCAUUAGGACAAACACAGAGAAGGCACGACUGAAAGGGAAUCAUUAGUAAUUCCGGUAUGAUAUACUCAUCUCAAGUUCCAAAAUACAUCUUUCCCAGAAUUACAUCAUUGUUAAAAUGUAAUAACGAAAUGUUCGUUACAUAGUUGAAGUAGUGGUCAGUAAUGAUCAACUCGUCUUCUAGAAAUGUAGAGUACGUACAUAGUCUAGUCUUAAUACUGAUACUUUAAUGACCCUGUAUCAGUCUUGAAUUAUUCUCCUAUUAUAUUUACCAUCUUUUUACCAUUUCAUGCACUGUAAAUCUCAUUAAAAUACUUAUCUAACUUCA